CUAUUUUAUCAUAUAUAUACAGCGCGCAUUUUUAUAAUUUUAUCUUCAUUUUGAAGUCUAAUAAAGUCAUAUUUGUAAUGAUUAUGAAAAAUUACUUCCGGGUUGAAUCAUCAAAACAAUAUGGCGUCUGCAAAAUAUGAAAAUAGAACUUCUUCCACUAUUUCUCCAAAUGACGUCGAUAUGUCACACUUAGUAGGGCAGAAUGGUGAUCAGAACGAGUUUACAAACAUCCCCCUUGAAGAGCUUACAGCUGAUGGUAAAAGAAAAAAGAAACAACCUCGGAGAAUAUUGCAUUUUAGUGAUGGUAUUCUAGAGGAGUAUUCUACAGAUGAAGAGGAGGGCGAAGAUCAGGUGGAUCAGCCACAAGUGGAUCCAAAAUCAUUAACUUGGGGCCCAUGGUUUUGGUACUGGACUGUAGCAGGAGCCUUCAGAUCUUUGGCUGCUGCAGACUUCUGUGGUGAAAAGCUUGCUUGGUUCUUUGGCAUCACAUCUCCUAAAUACCAGUAUGCAAUAGAUGAGUUUCAUCGAAUCAAGGAAGAGGAGGAAGAAGAGCGUAAGGAGUUAGAAAAAGAGCGUUUGGUACAAGAGGAGGUACAUAUAACUCAAGUAAGAUCAAUGGAGGAUGGUGUUAGUAACACUACCAGUCAAUCCAACUCUAGUCAUGACAGUACUGCACACCCAACUGAACAGACCUUAGGGGAAACUCCAAAAGUUUAGGUAGAUAGGACGUUAAACAGGAGGUGAACACCUAAUACCAAUAGCAUUGCAUUGAUGCAAUAGGCCUACAUAUUCCAAUGCGGAACAAUUCUAAAGGAGUUUAAAAGUGAAGGGAUGGGCAGUGCGUAUAGAAGUAUAAAAUAUAUUGAGGAGAUAUGAGAAAGCUGUAAAUCCACAUUUGAAAUACUAUGAAUGAUUUGAAGUGCAAUACAGGAUAUAUUCUGUUCGAGAAAUUUUGUAUUGGAACGAGACAAAGUCGAGUGCCAAUACAAAAUAUCGAGGCAGAAUAUAUCCUGUAUUGCACUUCAAAUCAUUCAAUAACGUUUUUAUUGUGUGAUCCUCUGUAUUGCUUCUGUAUUUCUGUAUUGCGACAGAGAUGAUCAACGGGGACAACCUCAGUAGCAAUACAGAUUGGUACAGCACAAGAACUGACCAAUCAGAGGGCUUCAUUUUACAGAUCAUACGAUAAAGUACGUUACCUGAAGAAUGUGAAUGAACCUUAGAAUGUAAACUCUGCUAUAUUUGAUAUUCUAAACUGGAUCUGAUUAUUACAGCUGUAGACGUUUUUAGAUGCAUAACAUAGAUGUCGCUGGGAGAGUCAUAUUAUUAACUUAAAUACCAAAAUAUUUUUUU